AUGCCUCCAAAGCAACAAGUAUCUAAAGCUGCUAAAGCUGCUGCCGCUAUGGCCGGUGGUAAGAAAUCCAAGAAGAAGUGGUCCAAGAAGUCCCACAAGGACAAGGCUCAACACGCUGUCAUCUUAGACCAAGAAAAAUACGACAGAAUCUUAAAGGAAGUCCCAACUUACAGAUACGUUUCUGUCUCUGUCUUAGUCGAUAGAUUAAAGAUCGGUGGUUCUUUAGCUAGAGUCGCUUUAAGAGACUUAGAAAGCAAGGGUAUCAUCAAGCCAGUUUCUAACCACGCUACCCAAGCCAUCUACACCAGAGCUGCUGCUGAAUAA